AUGGUUUCGUUUUCGAUUGUUUGGAAGAGAAAUCUCAAUUCUCAAAGAGUGGAACUCCCGAGAGAUGCUCUCACUGAGCAGCAACUCUGUCAAAUCAAGGAUGGAAUCAAGGAUGCUACCAUCUUCAGGAGGCUGAAAGAUCUCUCAUUCAAGUACACAAUCCCCGUUUCUGAGAUGAACUAUAUGAGGGAUGUUAUGAUGUUCGAUCACAGCCUUCUCGAGGAGAAGGGCACAGUGAAGAAGCUGAUUCACGGAAUUGUGAUUGAGACGGUUCGUGUGGGCUCUAAUGAUGAAGAUCUCUUUAAAAGAGAUUUCAGAGAAUACAUGGCUGGAGAGAGCAAGAGGAGGGAAGUGGCAUUGAGCCUCUUUAGGAGCAUGGUAAUGGUAAGUCAAAAGGUGAGAGCAUUAUCGAGAAGUGCGGUUUACAAGCUGAUUAAUAAAUCAGCAAAGAAACUGAGGGUUAAGGAUUGUUGGUCUUCAUGGAAAUGGAGGGACCAGGAUUGUGGCUUUAGAUUAGCUACGUGUUUGGUUGAAUCGGAUGACUCUUUUGAUGUUGAAUCUGUCCUACAAGAGUACACCACGCCAAUAUUGAUGCUAGUUGACAUCAAUAAAGCUCCGAUGGUACGAGCAACGGUGUUGAAGUUGUUACUAGUCGCCGUCCGUAGUGGCAAAGCGUCAGUCUCAUUGGGAUUGCUGAGUCUAGUAGGGAGCAACAUUGGAGCAAGGUCCAAUGUUGUCCACUCUCUUGCUGCAGAUUGCAUCAUAGAGAUCAUGUUCGUUAUGAACUUAAAAGCUGGAGAAGUCGAUGUGUUGCCGCUUAUGGUGAACCUUUUCAAAGCCCUGAAGCUUCCAGGAUCUGAAGAGAAUGAGUACCUUAUGAAAUGCAUAUUCCAGGCCGUUUCUGUUUCUGAAAUCAGUCCUAAAGGUUGUGAUCUCUGCUUUAGAGAGCUAAUCCACAUCCUUGUUUGCCAGAGGUGCCAAAAUCCAGAGUUUCAAAAGAAUCUUGUCCAAUCUCUGGCCCUCCUGAUUGAGCGGGAAUCUCACGACUUUACAGAGAACAGAUUGGUGGAUAUACUGGGAAGAUGUGAAGAGAUGGUUUCAUCUCCCAUAGAUGAUGAGCAUGGCUUCUUUCUCCUCAAGUCUGUUGUGGACAAUCUUGUGUACGAGGUGAUUGCGAGUCACAUGAAGCAUGUAUGGGUUGUUCUCUUCGCUCGGCUUGUAAACAACGAGACAGCCCAGUUCCAGCAAUCGUUAGUGAGAUUCAUGUCGUUUUUCUUGGUUAGGCAUGGAAUAGCGAGUCUAGUUGACUCUGUGAACUCAGUUCACCCGGAUAUCUUCAACGCCUUUGUGAGAGACUGCUGGGUUCCUCACAUGAAGCUGAUCAACGAGGUCAAUGAAGAUGAGAAGAAAACCGAGUAAAUCUCUUUUGUUUAUUGGGGUUCCAGCAUUUUGCCAUUAAAGUAGAGAAAACUUGAAUCUCUUUUGUUUAACGGGGUUGCAGUAUUUUGUCAUUAGAGUAGAGAAAACUUGAGUUUAUGCAAUCCGAAACAGAUCCUUAAUCUCUUUUUGUCAAUCUGUUUUGUUUUUUGCAUUUACUUUGUUCUCCUUAAUGUUAUCUUCACAGUUUGAAGUACUUAGUAGCUUAAGGUUGUCUUUCAAGUUUGGCUUAGCUUUUGUAGCCUUUCUGUGGCUGUUAUGUAAUGACUUUAUGAUUUAAAACCAAAUUACAUGUUGGUA